UCACGUGAUACAAGUACGGCACUGGGUCUGUGAUGGGAAGUGGCUAAUAUACUGUCAGAAGAUGUUGCUUUGCUAAACUUUGUGGAUGUUUCUAUACGACGUAAAAACUGAUUUGUAUUUAGGAUGUGUUUAACGUGUAUAUAUGCUGUAGUUGUUAGUCGUUUGCGUUUUGUUGUGUUGUGUGAAUAGUGGGUUGGAGUGUUUGCAUUUUACCUUUAUUUGUUUCUAUGAUUAAUGUAUUGCUAGCAGGAGUCGUUUUUGAUUUAUAUUUAACUGCUUUUAUCGUUUGAUUUCACGGGAGUUUUCAUUACGCAGUGUUCGCUGCUUUCCUGUGCUACCUUUCUUCUGUUUAUAGGUUUUUUUCUUUCAGAAGUAUAUUGCUGCGGCUUCACGUUGUGCUCCUUGAUGUUUUGAGUAGUAUUGGUCUUUGAUAUGUAUAAUUUUAAGAGUUAAAUCUUUGAGCCCAGGGAUUCGUUAUUUUAACUGUAAGCUAGAUAUCCCUUUAUUUUACAAGACGAAUGUUUCAUGUACCGUAUAAGUGACCAUUUUCAACACCCGUAGUAUUAGAAUCUCCCUUUUGUUGUUGACGUUACUAAAUUGCUAAGCAUAUUUAUUUUAUUAUGAACUUUUAGGAAAAGGUCUUCUGUAUUUAAGACUCAUUUGAACGUUGUUUAAAUAUGCAGUUUAAAUGCACUAGUUGUCUCGUGCCUGGAAUGGCACCUUUAUGUUUCAUUUUGUUUAGUCUGUUAAUGCAUUUUUUAAUUUUUGAUGUAAGUGGUUUGCAACCUUCUAAUACAGCCCAGUCUUCAGGAAGUUUGACUGCCACCCCAGAACCUUCUGCAACGGUGCAUAAGGAAGCUGCAGUUUCGGGAGCAGUCGCCAAAGCAAGCGACCAUCACCACUCUAAUAAAACUCGGAAGGCAUUCCCGGUUUUGCAGUUUGAUUAUAAUCAUGUAACUAUACCUUUUGAAAUUGGACUCUGGAUUCUUCUUGCUUCUUUCAUGAAACUGGGUUUCCAUUUGAUGCCCAAGAUUUCCAGUAUUGUGCCAGAGAGUUGUCUGCUAAUUGCAGUAGGACUGUUGGUUGGAGGGAUGUUCAAAGCUGUGGGAGGCCAAGCUCCAACACUGCAAUCUGAUGUCUUUUUCCUCUACCUUCUCCCGCCUAUAAUUUUGGAUGCUGGCUACUUCCUUCCAAUCCGCCCUUUUUCAGAGAAUCUGGGAACAAUCCUAAUGUUUGCUGUAGUGGGGACUGUCUGGAAUGCCUUCUCUGUAGCAGCAGUACUGUUUGGUGUGUGUAAGCUCACUACAGGACUGGAAGUUUCACUUUUGUCUGCCUUACUUUUUGGCAGCAUUCUGUCAGCUGUUGAUCCUGUGGCAGUGCUGGCUGUAUUUGAAGAGAUCCACAUUAAUGAACUACUUCACAUUUUGGUGUUUGGUGAAUCUUUGCUCAAUGACGCAGUCACUGUGGUGCUUUUUCAUCUCUUUGAAGAACUGGCUGGUUAUGACGAGUUGUUUGUCAGCGACAUCUUUCUGGGCAUCCUCAGCUUCUUUGUUGUAGCCUUGGGAGGCAUUUUUGUUGGUCUUCUCUUUGGAUUGUUGGCUGCUUUAACAUCCCGCUUCACUUUUCAUAUACGUGUUAUUGAACCACUUUUUGUGUUCCUGUACAGCUACUUGUCAUACCUGUCAUCUGAGAUGUUCCAUCUGUCUGGCAUCAUGGCAAUCAUUGCCUGUGGAGCUGUGAUGCGCCCAUAUGUGGAGGCCAACAUUUCCCAAAAAUCUCACACAACUGUAAAGUAUUUCCUAAAAAUGUGGAGCAGUGUUAGUGAAACCCUCAUCUUCAUCUUCCUAGGACUAUCUACUGUGGCUGAUAUUCAUCAGUGGGACUGGGUCUUCAUGUGCAGCACUCUGAUAUUUUGUCUCCUAGCCAGAGUUCUAGGUAUAUUGGGUAUAUUGUGUAUAUUAAAUUAUUAUACAGUGCUGAAAUAUCCACAAGACCAAUUUUGGAUCUCAAUCUGGGGAAUGAGGGGGACUACGGCAUUUUCAGUUGGCUACCAUUUCUCAUUUUCAUGCUGGACUCGCCAGACUCCCUGAUCAUUUGUGAAUAUUUUUGUCAUUUCUGAAUUCCUUCUAACAUUAACAUUUAUAUCUCAGGGUAUGACCAUUCGACCUCUGGUGGACUUACUGGCUGUCAAAAAAAAGCAUGAAGUGAAACGUUCCAUUAAUGAAGAAAUCCACACCCAGUUUCUAGAUCACUUGCUGACUGGAAUUGAAGAUAUCUGCGGCCACUAUGGUCAUCAUCACUGGAAAGACAAGCUGAAUCGUUUUAAUAAAAAGUAUUUGAAGAAGUGCCUGAUAGCUGGAGAACGUUCUGAUGAACCUCAGCUCAUUGCCUUUUAUCAUAAGAUGGAGGUGAAACAAGCAAUUGAGCUUGCAGAAAGUGGUGGGAUUGCCAAAAUUCCUUCAGCUGCGUCUAUGCAAAAUAUUCAGCCAUCAGGUUCUACCAAGCAAAAGCCACCAGGACGAAUGAUGCCUACUGUCUCUAAAGACAAAGAAGAAGAGAUCCGUAAGAUCCUCAGGACAAAUCUACAGAAGACCAGGCAGAGGCUACGAUCGUAUAACAGGCACACUCUUGUAGCAGACCCCUACGAGGAUCUUUGGAAUCAAAUGUUGGCAAAGAGACAAAAGGCUCGCCAGAUUGAUAGAAAGGAUUACUUGACAGUCCCAACAAGCCCUCAGGAAUCUCCAACCAUGAAGAGAGCACGUCUGCGCUCAGAUCCAAUAACAUUCGAUUCCAACCCAAAGUCUAAGGACAUACCAAGAAUUACUAUUGAUCCAGCUUCCCCUGAUUCCCUUGAUAUGAUCACAGAGACUGAGAAGCCUGGAAUGGAUGAGAAUGGAAUAGUUAUGGAUGUAAAGAUUCCUCAAACAAAAGGCAAUGAGAAGGCACCCAUCCACAGAGGUGAAGAUAGUCCAAGCAGUCAGCGUCUUAUGCGUUGCCUGAGUGACCCUGGGCCCCACCCAGAAGCAGAGGAGGAUGAUUCAUUUCUGCCUUAAAGACAGCAGCUGAAGCAGAAAAGACGCAUUAAUUUAUUCCUUUGUUCUGCUGCUACAGACAUGGGUUGCCCCCCCCCCCCCCCCCCCCAGUUUUAAGUGGCUUACUAUGACAGUGUGACAGUCAUACAAGUGAAAACAGUCUUAUUUGAAAAAAUAUGGUAAUACUCACGCACAAGUUGUACGGCCAUUGGAUUCACCUGCCAGAUUUUACUACUAUGACAAGCAGUGUUUCUAGGGUAAAGUAGACUGGAAAAGGUAAAAUACCUCUGCAGAGGUUCCAGCAAUUGGUACCGCAGCCUUAUGUAGUUUAAAAAGGGAACCUCUUGUGGUGGUGGUGGUGGUGGUAAGUGGAUUUUCCUUAACAGGAUUAUUGAAUUGCUUAAUACUGGAUCCUCCAAAUCACUAAGACGCUAAUGAACUGUCAGCAAUGCAGAAUGUCAUUAGGAAAGUUGCAGUUUUGAUAUACAAAACUGUAUGCUCCAUUCUUGUACCCUAUGGUGUUUGUUAUGGUAAAUAUCUGCAGCAACCAAACAUUUGGAGAUUGCACUUAGUGUAUGAGCAAAAUAUGGUGCACAAAUUCUGCACGUCAGUGCCGUUUUCAUGGCCAUUACUGCAUAAUUAUUUCUGAAGUAAGGUUGUCAAAACUACUGCAUUAAUGUUGCUGUCACUCGCACCUUGAAUCCAUGCUUUCAUAUGCACUAUGGUGCCUACAUAUGCUUUUGCAGUGCGGCAUCUUUCUCAGGACUGGAUUGCUCCCUUCUCUGUGGUUUAUCUGCUCAAAAAGUACAUCCGUCUGUAGGUGUUUGACAGUUACAUAAACUAAAGACAUUUUAAGUGAGUUUUUAAUGUGUCACUUGCUGUGUAAAAGGCACAUGAAGUAGAGGUAACAGUAAACUGUUUUUACAUCAAUAUAUGCUAGUUGAGUAGAUACACAUGAAAUAUUGUCUUGUUGGGAGAUAGACUGCCACCCCUGUUCUGAAACAGAUCAUCUCCAGUGGAAUUUCUUUUUCAAUUUUCUGCUGCAGUCUGGUCUUACUGUCUAAUGCCCCACUGUUUUCAGUGGCUCUACAAAAAAGCAUAUAUGGAUUUAUUUACUGUAGCUGCAUAUAGUAACUUGCUAUUGGCUGUGGUAUGGCUCUGAAACCAAAAGGAAAGUGAAGUGCCAUGGUCAGACUUUGGCAAGAUGCACACAGUUUUGCAUUGCAACAUGCUUAAUUACAAGUAGACUAAAAUUGUUAAGGUCACGCUGUGUUUUGCAUUCCCUUGUUCAGUCUUUUCUGCAUAGCAUUAAAAUUCUACCUUUAAACACAUUUAUUUCUACUUUUCUGUAGCCUAACAUGUGGAUCUUUGUUUGGUAGAAGUGUAUAGGAAAUCAGGAAAAAUGUGGGUGUAUACAGGUCCCACGAACACCAAAAUAAUCUCAUUGAAUCCACAUGUACUAGAUGGUGCAAUUUAUUUUCUUGUGCUUUUACUUUAUAACCAAAGGAAUUUUUGGUGGAGGGAGAUGGGGUUAUUUGUUUUCAGGUUAUAUGUGCCAUAAUGAAAAUCUUUUUUUUUUUUAAUUAAGAGCUUAUGUAUUCUAUCGAAUCUUCUAUAAGUUUUGUGUUUGUAGCAUAUAAUGCCUUUUUUGAAGUUCAGGUUUAAAAAAAAAUAUUGGGUAACACACAUAGUAGUUAAAGGUGAAAGGAAAAGCCAUAUCUGACUGUUAUUGUUUAUGUAGAGACUGAUGCCAUUGUAUCCAUUUCCACUUGCAAAGGGACAUUCAGUGAACAUCAGCUUUAAUGAUAAGUAAAACAUAUGAAGCAUCUCAUGCAGCCUGCAUCUCAGAUUUACAUCUUCAGCAAAAUAAAUAUAAUUUUAUGAUGUUUGUUUAUUCACAGUUUAAGUACAAAGACAUCUUUAAGCACACAGCUAUUUAACUUUAUUUCUAAAAGUGUUGGUUCGCCUUUUUCUCUGCUGUUUCUGCCCUACUAAGAUUGUUUAUUGUUCCAACAUUGCUCUGAACAUCCUAGUUUGCAAUAGCAUAGCUAGCUUGUAAUAGCAUAGUGACAAGGAGAUCCCUGCUACUUAAAAAGGCAUGCUUGAAAUGGAGAUUUAAUCUUUCAUCUGAUGUCAAGCAUGUCUUGCAGGUAUUUUUUAUUUUAACUGGGAGAGAAGCAUUCUGUGUAACAUAUUUUUAAAUUUUGGCAACAUGUGUUGUUUUUAUUUUAAUUGGGAGAGGAAGAACAUUCCUUGCAACAUAUUCUCUAAUUUUGGCAAUAGGUUUGGAUUGAAGACUAUCCGAUACAUGCAUUUCAAAUGUUCUGUUAUUGUAGCUAGUACCUCUAACAGAGUAAAAUGUCAAGGAUUAUAAAGUGUAACAAUGUUUACCAGUAAAAUUUUCUUUGAGAGGCAUUUUAUUACCUUGAAAGUGAAUCUCAUGUUGUUUUAUUCAUGAAUGCCCCCAAAAGUAUAAUUUCUUAGUAAACAUUAUUACACUGUUCAUUAUUUAUAGUAUAUGAAUUUUAGUUUUAUAUAUACUUGCUUUUGCUGAAACAAAUAAAAGAAGUGGAUUUUUUGUG